AAAUCUCCCUGAGAGCGGAACCUUCCUCAGCUCCAACUCUGCCUCCACUGUUAUUAAAAAUAAAAAUCGCUAGAGGAGCCCAGUCGCCACAUCCACUUUGUAUGUAUCGUAGACGGACACACGCCUGUUUACAACUCGGGCCACUUCAUUUUAUGUUUUCUUUUAAUUUUUUUUCUUGGUUAUGUUUGACUUUGUAUGGAAAGGUGGAAGACUACAAGGUUUUUAACUGAAUGCUCUUGAUUUCUUUUAGGAUAGCUGGCUAUUUGGAAUUUUGAAGGAUAAUUUGAUUUUUUUUUUCUUUUCUAACGUCCAAUGCGGUUGUAAGUUCCGUCACUCCAAAUCCACCCACCAAGGACCCUGACCCUGUCCACUCCAGGCGAAUCGAGACCGUCCGGCUGGGUCCCCCCAAUUUGGGCCGACUUUGCGCCUCCAAACAACCUUAGCAUGAUGUCUUAUCUAAAGCAACCGCCUUACGCAGUCAAUGGGCUGAGUCUGACCACUUCGGGUAUGGACCUGCUGCAUCCCUCCGUGGGCUACCCGGCCACCCCCCGGAAACAGCGGCGGGAGAGGACUACAUUCACAAGGGCACAACUCGACGUUCUGGAAGCUCUGUUUGCCAAGACCCGGUACCCAGACAUCUUCAUGCGGGAGGAGGUGGCGCUGAAAAUCAACUUGCCAGAGUCCAGGGUGCAGGUAUGGUUUAAGAAUCGAAGAGCUAAGUGCCGCCAGCAGCAGCAGCAACAACAGAACGGAGGUCAGAAUAAAGUGAGACCUGCCAAAAAGAAGACCUCUCCAGCUCGGGAAGUGAGUUCAGAAAGUGGAACAAGUGGCCAGUUCACUCCCCCCUCUAGUACCUCAGUCCCAACCAUUGCCAGCAGCAGUGCUCCAGUGUCUAUUUGGAGCCCAGCUUCCAUCUCCCCACUGUCUGACCCCUUGUCCACCUCCUCCUCCUGCAUGCAGAGGUCCUAUCCCAUGACCUAUACUCAGGCUUCAGGUUAUAGUCAAGGCUAUGCUGGCUCAACUUCCUACUUUGGGGGCAUGGACUGUGGAUCUUAUUUGACCCCUAUGCAUCACCAGCUUCCUGGACCAGGGGCCACACUCAGUCCCAUGGGUACCAAUGCUGUUACCAGCCAUCUCAAUCAGUCCCCAGCUUCUCUUUCCACCCAGGGAUAUGGAGCUUCAAGCUUGGGUUUUAACUCAACCACUGAUUGCUUGGAUUAUAAGGACCAAACUGCCUCUUGGAAGCUUAACUUCAAUGCUGACUGCUUGGAUUAUAAAGAUCAGACAUCCUCAUGGAAAUUCCAGGUUUUGUGAAGACCUGUAGAAACUAUUUUUGUGGGUGAUUUUUAAAUAUGCUGGGCUGGACAUUCCAGUUUUAGCCAGGUAUUGGUUAAAAGAGUUAGAUGGGACGAUGCUCAGACUCUUGAUCAAAGUUACUGAGAGGCAUAGAGGAAAAAGAAAGGGCCUUAGAAGGGUCCAUCAACCAGCAAUCUGAAAUGGACAAACCAAUCUACUUAAGAUUCUGUUAUAGUUCUAGAUCAUUGGUUUCCUGAUUUGCAAAUGAUUGAUCAAAUAUAUUCUAGCGACACGCAACCAAACACCACUCAAAAUAAAAAUCAAACAAAACUGAGUUGUGAGGAGAGAGAAGGAAGGUCAUGGCCUUCACAGCAGAGGUGAUUCAGUGUUUUAGCCAAUCUUUGGUUGAAUCUUAGGAAUGGACAAUGUCCCAAGCUCAUUCACGUUUCAUGACCAACUGGUAGUUGGCACUGAAAAACUUUUCAGGGCUGUGUGACCUGUGCGACUGAUUGUCCUAGAUGCACUACUUUAUUUAAAAAAAAAGAUAAAGCUCAUACGGAGUCAAUAUGUAGUUUAAGAGACAAUCAGUGUGUGUCUUAUAUAAAUGGUACAUCUGUGGUUUUUAAUCUGUGCUAGACUUCAAAACUGUGAUCUCCUGUCCUUGUAUACAAUCUUGAACUCCACCUCUACAGGGGUUCUUCUGUGAUUAAAUAGCUUAUAAUUACAAGCCAAAUUCAGAGCAACUGAAUACUGAUCUAGAAAGAUUACCUGUGGCUGGAGGUGAGCUGCUCCACUUGCUGUCUCUGGACAAGGAUUGAGAAGAAGCAAAAGGACCCUAAUUCACCUGUAAUUUAAUGUUUGGUAAGCCUGGCGGUUAAAAAAAAAAAAAAAAGACAUUGGUCAAUUGCUCUGACCCUGAUGAAUCUUAAACUGAGAUCAUUGUCAUUUACGCUUGCAGAUGUUAACUGGAAGUUAUAUAUGCAUAACCCCUUCCUGGAUUUGGCAGAUAUGUAUGGUUAUAUUAAAAUGGUUCUAGCACAA